AGGUUAAAUAAGAGCGUGUGCAGGAGAGUUGGCAGCAACCAGAGAGGAAACCACUGAACAGACCAGUGACUGGAGGCAGCUCCCCCAGGACCUGCACCCCAUACACAGAAGGAGCACGUGCGGGAGAGCUCGAGGAAUAGACAGAGCCUUUGGGAGUCGGGUACUUGGAGCAAAUCUAAGGAAGCCAUGUCUCCAAGAGAUGCCUGCCCUGCCCUGCUGCUCCUCCUGCUGACCCUGCCGUCAGCCUGGCCAGCCGUGGACAGCAGGGAAACACCAAACCAGAAGUUUCUGAGGCAGCACGUCGACCCGUUGACUAGCCCGCCGUAUAAUGACGCCUACUGCAAUCGGAGGAUGAUAGCUCAGAGAAUGACCUUGGGCACCUGCAGGGGUAACAACACCUUCAUCCAUGCUUACUCACUAUCAAUAAAUAGGGUCUGCACUGAGGCUGGGACAUACAUAACAAAAACCAAGUAUGACUAUAGCAAGAACAACUUCUUUGCCACUCUCUGCACGUUUGUAAGCGGCUCCCCACCCAAUGGCUGUAUGUACCAGGCUAGCUCCUCUAACCAGAGGAUUUGCAUUGAGUGCUAUGGAAACCUGCCUGUGCACUACAGCCCAGUGAGCGGCUGCUUGUCAUGAAUCCCGCACUGCUCCGCAGCUUUUGCUCGCAGCCGGUCCCCAGGGCCAAAGCCUCUCAGCCUGGCCCUCUCCCUGCUCCCUCCUGGACCAUGAAGCCAGAUCAUUUGGCUCCAAAUCUUAGUGUCCCCAUUCCAGCUCUUCUGCUGCCAUCAGGGUCCGUUGUGCGCUACACCCACCCCUUCCACCUCCUGCACCCACAGGAGGGGCCGGAUCCUGGUGCAGAGCAAGUGCCCUCCUGCUGCCGAGUUCUCAGUCCUGUUACCGAGCUGAAUUUCUUGCUGCUUUCUGCAAUAAACUUUGGCAACUGCAAACUGACCCAGAGUGUUUGUGGGGGCUCGGGGCAGAACAAAUACCCACUUGGUCUCCAGGAGCUUGUGGGGAGCAUGAAUCAUGGGGUGAUAUCAGGGCCCUUUCCUAUUUAGGGUGGCAUUCCCGUUCCCUGCAGCCCCAAGGGGAAGGAGGGGAAGAAGGAAGAUCUCUUCUUGUCUUGGGAGCCAUCUCCGCAGGCAUCUUUCUCUCCUUCUGCAUGGAGCCUAGGCCCUGGGCAGAUGCAGCAUUCGCUUCAAAAGCAACAAAUGCUUCAAAGGGUGAGUGAGCAGACAGCAAGUCCUAAGAAGCCCUCCAGAAAGGGCCACAGUGCUCCAAACAAUGAGCCCGGCUCAAGAAACUAUUGUUAGUCUUUGGUUGUUGAAGCACUUCCAGUCAUAUCUGCACGCUGCACAAGGUGUCCUGGGAGGUUGCUCAGGUCUCGGGCAUCCCACAGCGAGCGGCUCUCCCCGACCUCCGCAGGGCAGUGGGGCAGGACAGGGGGAAGACUGGGGUGGGCAGCAAAGCAUGGCGCUUCAGGGUGCCUGGCAGUUCUGCAGCUGGAGAGCAGGAAUAGCUAUAUGCAUCUCUGACUCGGGUCCCUGGCCCCCCAGGGUGGGGUGCUCAAUAAUCCCCACGGUUUUCUGACCUGACACUUCUGCUUCAUCGCACUUGGAAAGCAGCUCCUAAGUUCGACUGCAUUCUGCAUUAUUCCACUUGGGAAACGUGCAUGUUGAAACACCCUUAAAUGUUGGUUUUCCUGCUACCUGACAUUGCCUUCUCGUUUGAAAAUGUGAAUAGUUUUUGCAAACCUUUGUUUGUGUCAUUGUAAAAAUCAGUUGUGCUUUGCACUGACAAUUCAUUUUUCUUCGCUUGAAAUUUCUAGCGGAAGGCAUGGACCUCUUCCUCAGAUCUCUUGAACACAUUUCAACAUGG